GCUCUAUCGAUGGGGAGAGCUAACGUCGGGUGCGCAGCGCCGCUAUUGAUUUUCCCACCGCGCCAUCUUGGCUUGGGAGCGCCGCACCGGUCGGGUAUGUGUCGCCGCUAGACCCUUCCAUCCGGCGGCAGCCUUUUCAACCGGAGUCCACCGAAAAGGGCCGACCAUGAGGGUGCGGGUGCGCCGCGGCACCGCCGAGGAGGCCGACACUGAGCCGGUGUCGAGCGGCAACGCCACCAUGGUCGAGGCGACGUCGGCGCCGGCGGCGACCGACGCGCCCGACGAACAGUCGGAGAUCAUCCAGAAACUGGACGCCGGCACGCGCAAAAUGGCCCAGUCGAUGGGCAUACCGUUCCCGGCCCUGAUCGCCAUCCUCAUUGGUAUUGGCCUCCUGAUAUUGGGCAUCUGCUUCUGCUGCAUUCGGAGAUGUUUCCGGAAGCGCCGCAGCAAAGAUGUCAAGGGAAAGGGAGGAAAAGGCGUGGACAUGAAAUCCGUUCAACUCCUGGGAAGUGCCUACAAGGAAAAGGUGCAGCCGGACAUGGAAGAACUAACUGAAAACGCCGAGGACAUUGCCGAAGAAGGGGAGAGCAAACAGUCCGAACAGAAGCUGGGCCGACUUCAGUUCAAGCUGGAAUACGACUUCAACUCCAACAACCUGACGGUGACGGUAAUCCAGUGUGAGGAGUUGCCGGCCCUCGACAUGGGCGGCACGUCCGACCCCUACGUCAAGGUCUACCUGCUGCCAGACAAGAAAAAGAAGUUCGAGACCAAAGUCCACCGCAAAACGCUCAAUCCCGUCUUUAACGAAACGUUUACGUUCAAGGUCCCCUACGCUGAUGCCAUGGGCAAGACACUGGUAUUCGCCAUCUACGACUUUGACCGUUUCUCGAAGCACGACCAGAUUGGAGAGGUGAAACUGCCACUGUGCACCAUCGACCUGGCACAGACGAUCGAGGAGUGGCGCGACCUGGUCAGCGUCGAGGGAGACGGCGGUCAGGAAAACAAGCUGGGUGACAUUUGCUUCUCGCUGCGGUACGUCCCGACGGCUGGCAAACUGACGGUCGUCAUCCUCGAGGCCAAGAACCUGAAGAAGAUGGACGUCGGUGGACUAUCGGAUCCUUACGUGAAAAUAGCCCUGAUGCAAAACGGCAAGCGGCUGAAGAAGAAGAAGACCAGCAUCAAGAAGUGCACUCUGAACCCCUACUAUAACGAGUCAUUCACAUUUGAGGUUCCGUUUGAGCAGAUCCAGAAGGUGCAGCUGGUGGUGACUGUGGUGGACUACGACCGGAUCGGCACCUCGGAGCCCAUCGGAAAGUGCGUACUGGGCUGCACCGCCUCCGGCACCGAGCUGCGCCACUGGUCCGACAUGCUGGCCUCGCCGCGCCGGCCCAUCGCCCAGUGGCACACACUCAAAGACCCAGAGGACGGUGACAAGAAGGACUAAAGCAGACCACAGGAGCUGGGCUCGGGGAUCAGCGCAGCAAGCUGGCCGAUCCGAGGAAAGCACACGCUGUGAGGCCGACUGGCGGGCCGGGCCGGGCCGGGCGCCGCGCCCACAGCCGCCGCAGCAGACACUGGUCCGGCCCGGCCGGCGCCGGUGCGCGCCGCACGGCCCGCCCGGUGUGUGCGUGUCUCCGCCGUAUACCGAGUAGUUGUUGUGCGUGUGCUGGGCGGCCGCUGCCGCCGGAUAGUGUUGGUGCGUGUGACUCGGUCCCUGAUGUCGGCAUGCGGCGCAAUCAGUUGGCAGUUAGCCGUGCCAAAGCGCGUGCUGGGGUGUACCGGCCGGGCGCGGCGACCGCCGACGGCCGCUCUCCGUCGGCGUCUCUCUCUCUCUCCCUCUCUCCGGCCGUCUGUCGCUCUGUCUGUCUGUCGUCUCCCCCCUCUGUCCUUGUCUGGUCUGCGUCUGCGCCGCUCCGCUCGCGUCGUCAGUGUGGGUGGGGGCGGCCGCUGUUCCCCAUAUCAGCGCGCUGGCCGGCCGACAGGGCCGCGCCGCCGCCGCCGCACCACCACCACGUAAUCACCGCAGUCCGUCGCUGAGUGGAGCCGCUAGUGUUGUUUUUAUUGUGUGCCAGCGUUUGGAAAGCAUUCUUGUUCAUGUUACUGUUCAGUGGUAAGAUCCCCGUGAAUGGUCUCUGCGUGGUUCGCGCGCGAACACGCUCGUUUCGUUAUUUGUGAUGCAUAUAUCAUAGCAGUUACCCUUCUGUACAUACAACUUAGCGCAUAUGUAUACACAUGAAUAUAUAUACAAGUUUUUGUCAGAUGAGCUAUUAAUCACUAGGUAGGUACACUGUAAGUAAUGUGCAAAUACAGUGACCAGUGAACACAAA